AUGUGUACUGUCCUCCCCCACACAUGCACCUGUCCUUCACAAUACCCCACUAUCAGCCCCCCUGUCAUUAAACCCACCGCCCCUCUGCUCCAUGACCCCUCCUCUCCACAGGUACUCAUUGAUCUAAACUCCUGGGAGGAUCAGAUUAGACCAGGUCAACCCCCAGGUCACAGAUCCAAACCCCCCUCCCUCUGAGACAAAGACCACUCUGUGGGUCCCCCUUGUCAGAACCUAACCUCUGUUAAAGCCUCAGAUACCCGCACAGGAACCAAACCAUGAUAAGCUCCUGCUCAGGUGUCACCUGAUAGCCAAUAAGAGUGAAGGGCCGCCCUCCUCUCCUCAGGUAGGACUCUUAAACACAGGUAAAGGAUCUGAGAGGUUACUCUGUUGGGAAACAAGACUGAGAAGACUUCCUCCGUCUUCAUCUGCUGCUAAUGUCCGUCAGAGCUGCGUCCGAUUUCUUACAAUGACUCUCAGUUUAGCCGUCACCUCCGUUCAAUGAAGGAAGAGCCAACAAGGUACGAAUUUCUCACUUCUUCACAGAUUACACGUAAAUUUGGUUGACUGCUCUACUUCAAGGUUUAAUACUUGUCCUUUCAUGAAUGAGAUUUCAUGAAUGGGAGAAUCGCCCAAAACUGGCUGCUAAUCAACAGGAGUACCCCAAGGGUCACUGCUUGGUCCCCGUUUUUUCUUCACACACUGCAAAACAGGAAUUUCAAGAAAGUAAAACAGCCUUGUCUUAAGGAAACAAGUCUUAUUUUUAGAACAAGAAGAAUAUUAAUCUUGUCGAGCAUGUUUGGUAUUAGAAAAGAGAAAAUAGCUAACUUUUCUUGAUAAGAUAUUCCAGCUAAUUCUGAGAUGGAAUGAACCAGAAAUAAAGUAAAAAAAUGUUUUACAAUAAAAUCCAGCGGAGCAACAAAAUCAUUCGUCUCAUUUCAAGAAUAAGACAUAUGAACAACUUCUCAAUUUAAGAACGCCAUGAAACAAGAAAAGUUUAUUUUUUUUCUAUUUAUUAAGAUUUCCAUCACAGGUCAUCUGAACCUGACAGAAUCUGCUGCCUCAUAUAUUAUCUGACAUAUAAAGAUGUCAGUAAAAAAAUAUUAACGUAAAGCUAAAAAAGUUAUUUGAAAUAAGAUGACACGUAAUCUCUCUUACAUCUUGAUCAUAGGGACGAGCCAUGCUUUUCAUCCUGGUUUUGAUGCUCUCUGCUGCUCCACAUGGUAAGUUAACUCUUUAAUUUCCAUAAACACCUGGUUCAUCUUUAAUAUAGCCACACCUUCUUAUAAAAAAAAUACAAUUUGCUUCACGUUAUUGUUACACGUUAUAGUCAAACAGGCUUUUACAGGCCGAGGCUGGCAGCGUUUCUUGUAAUGUUUCAUGUGUUUUGUGUAAUUACACUGAUGUGGCAUAAUGUAAUUUGACGGUUUGUUCAUGUGUCAAAUUUUAAUCAAAUCACUGUUACAGUAAUUACCCCUCUCCAUCUUCGUCCUCAGCUCUGUCCUCCAGCUCCAUCCUCUGCCAAAACCCAGAGGCCAGCGACCAGAGCACGGAUCACAUGAUCGGUGAGGGUGAAACAUAAUGUACUGAGCAAUAACUGUCACACGAGGCAUAUAGUGGUGAUUUAUAAUAAUUCUGUGAAAUCAGCUAAUUAAAGCGGGUCAGUCGUCUGGGUUUAAAAGAUCAGUGAUGCAGUUUGUCAUGUGAUAAUGUGGUGUUUAAUUGAAGCCUGCAGGGGAUGAAGAGAUUUCUUUCUCAGAAAGGUCAAAGUGCUGACAGAAUCAGUGUUGUAUAAGGUACUAAACAAAUAUACUUACAGUAUAGUAAGUAUAGUUACCUUACCAGAAAAUGACUGUCGAAGUGAAGUCUUAUUAAACUAAUAUAGGAUAAUAUGACGAAAAAUUUCAAAGUAAAGUUUUAUAAAAUAUCUUAGUAGAGAAUGAUAAAAAUAUCUUAGUAUAGUAUGAUAAAAAUGUCAUAGUAUAGUUUGAUAAAGAAAUUUCAUAUUCAAGUGUGAAAGAAAAAAUUCAUCAGAGGUCAGAGUAUAGAAUAAUAAAAAAAUUACAGGAAAGUAAAAUGUCAUAAUAUAGUAUGAUAAAAGUGUCAUUAUAAAGAAUGAAAAAAACUAUCAUAGUAUAGUUUGAUAAAAAUUUGAUGUCUGAAUAUGAAAAUAACUGUCAUAGUAUAGUAUGGGCAAAAUGGCAUAGUUAAGUACGUUAGAAUUUUUUUUAUGUUUAAGUAGGAAAAUAAAUGUCAUAGUUAAGUAUUAUCAAAAUUGCAUAGUAUAGUAUGUUAGAAUGUUCAUUUUUGUGUGAAAAAAAAUUCAUGUUUGGGUAUGAUAAAAAUGUCAUAGUAUAGGAUGAUGAAAAUGUCAUAGUAUGGUAUGAUGAAAAUGUCUUAGUAUAGCAUGUCAAAAAAAUUCAUUUUUUUUGUGUUAGAAAAAAAUUCACAUAUGAGUACGAAAAAAAAUGUCAUAGUAUAGUAUGAUAAAAAUGUCAUAGUAUAGCAUGUCGAAAAAUUCAAAUUUUGUGUUAUAAGAAAGUUCAUAAAUGAGUAUGAAAAUAAAUGUCAUAGUAUAGUAUGAUCAAAAUGGCAUAGUUUAGUUUGUUAAAAUUGUCAUUUUUGUGUGAAAAAAAUUCAUGUUUGAGUAUAAAAAAAGUCAUAGUAUAGCAUGAAAAUAAAUGUCAUAGUAUAGCAUGUUAAAAAGUUAAUUUUUUUGUGUAAGAAAAAAAUUCAUAAAUGAGUAUGAAAAUAAAUGUCAUAGUAUAGUAUGAUCAAAACUAGUAUGUUAGAAUUUUCAUUUUUGUGUGAAAAAAAAUUCAUCUUUACGUAUGAUAAAAAUGUCAUAGUAUACUAUGAUGAAAAAGUCAUAGUAUAGCAUGUUAAAAAAUUCAUUUUUUUGUGUAAGAAAAAAAUUCAUAAAUGAGUAAAAAAAUAAAUGUCAUAGUAUAGUAUGUUAGAAUUUUCAUUUUUGUGUGAAGAAAAUUAAUGUUUGAGUAUGCUAAAAAUAUCAUAGUAUAGUGUGAUGAAAAUGUCAUAGUAUAGCAUGUCAAAAAAAAUUCAUAUAUGAGUUUGAAAAUAAAUGUCAUAGUAUAGAAUAAUUAAAAAUUCAUAGAAUAGUAUGAUCAAAAUGACAUAGUAUAGCAUGUCAAAAAUUCAAUUUUUUUGUGUUAAAAAAAUUCAUAUAUGAGUAUGAAAAUAAAUGUCAUAGUAUAGCAUGGUAAAAAUGUCAUGGUAUCGUAUGAUAAAAAGGUCAUACUAUAGGAUGUUAAAAAAAUCAUUUUUUGUGUAAAAGUAUUCUUUUUAUGUUUAAGUAGGAAAAUAAAUGUCAUAGUAAAGUAUUAUCAAAAUUGCAUAGUAUAGUAUGUUAGAAUGUUCAUUUUUGUGUGAAAAAAAAUUCAUGUUUGAGUAUGAUAAAAAUGUCAUAGUAUAGUAUGAUUAAAAUGUCUUAGUAUAGCAUGACAAAAAAUUCGUUUUUUUUGUGUUAGAAAAAAAUUCACAUAUGAGUACGAAAAAAAAUGUCAUAGUAUAGUAUGAUAAAAAUGUCAUAGUAUAGCAUGUCGAAAAAUUCAAUUUCUGUGUUAUCAAAAAAUUCAUAAAUGAGUAUGAAAAUAAAUGUCAUAGUAUAGUAUGAUCAAAAUGGCAUAGUUUAGUUUGUUAAAAUUUUCAUUUUUGUGUGAAAAAAAAUUCAUGUUUGAGUAUAAAAAAAGUCAUAGUAUAGCAUGAAAAUAAAUGUCAUAGUAUAGCAUGUUAAAAAGUUAAUUUUUUUGUGUAAGAAAAAAAUUCAUAAAUGAGUAUGAAAAUAAAUGUCAUAGUAUAGUAUGAUCAAAACGUCAUAGUUUAGUAUGUUAGAAUUUUCAUUUUUGUGUGAAAAAAAAAUUAAUGUUUGAGUAUGCUAAAAAUGUCAUAGUAUACUAUGAUGAUAAAGUCAGAACAGCAUGUUAAAAAAUUCUUUUUUCUGUGCGAAAAAUAAUUUCAUGUUUGAGUAUGAAAAUAGAUUUCAUAGUACAGUAUGUUCAAAAUAGCAUAGUAUAGUAUGUUCAAAAUUUUAUUUUUUGUGUGAAAAAAAAAUCAUGUUUGAGCAUGAUAAAAAUGUCAUAGUAUAGUAUGAUGAAAAUGUCAUAGUAUAGCAUGUCAAAAAAAUUAUUUUUUUUGUGUUAGAAAAAAAUUCAUUAAUGAGUAUGAAACUAAAUGUCAUAGUAUAGUAUGAUCAAAAUGUCAUAGUUUAGUAUAGUAGAAUUUUUAUUUUGUGUGAAAAAAAAUCACGUUUGAGUAUGCUAAAAAUAUCAUAGUAUAGUAUGAUAAAAAUCUUGUAGUAUAGUAUGUCAAAAAGUUCAUUUUUUUGUGUUAGAAAAAAUUCAUGUUUCAGUAUGCUAAAAAUUUCAUAGUAUAGUAUGAUCAAAAUGUCGUAGUUUAGCAUGUCAAAAAAUAUUUUUUUGUGUGAAAAACAAUUCAAAUUAGAGUAUGUAAAUUAAUGUCAUCAUAUAUUAUGAUAAAAAUGCCAUGGUAUAGAAUGUUAAAAAAAUAUUUUUGUGUGAAAAAAUAAAUUGAUGUUUGAGUAUGAAGAUAAAUGGUACGAUACAAUACAAUGGUAUAGCACAAUAAAAAUGCCGUGGUAUAGUAUGUUAAAAUGUUUAUAUUUUAGUGCGAAAAAAAGCCAUAUUUGAGUAUUAAAAUAAUUUCUCAUUGUACGGUAUAACAAAAGUCUUUUAUUGGACAUGGAAGCCACAAUAGUGUAACGGUUUGCACACAUGCCUGUCAGCACAAAGGUUCUGGGUUCAAAUCCUGACCAGGGAUCGUAUUAAAUAAAUGCAGUUUAAAUAACAAAGUACUAUAUGUAUACAAAUGUCACAGCAUAAUAGUAGUUUUAUUUUAGCUCCUUUCCCUCUGACUCUCAUAACUUUUACAGCACUUCUCAGACAGAACCCUAAAAUGAAAAAAAAAACGUUCAUAAACUGUGUUUUAUCCGGCAGUUUGUUGAAGACUGCGACAGCUUCUUUCCCCUUGAUCGACCAGCUGUCAUAAUGCUGGCUGGAUUUUUGUGCCAUUUCCUGAUGUUGUUGACAGUCGAGGUGGACUGAUCUAGUCUCUGUGAUGUUCUGGGACUCCUACAGUCCUAAUCAGAUCUUUGGGUACAUCUGCCAUGCGGAGAGCUGUGGCCCAAAUCAUUUUCUGCCCCACAUGUUCCUCUGGACUCGUGUCACUGGAACCAGCCAACAGGAUUAUCUAUGAUUAAAUCACUCUGCUUUCUACCUGCAGGGCGAGACAAAUCGAGUCAGAGGAAGAGCUUUUUGGUUUAUUCUCACUGUGUUUGUCUCGCCUUCAUCUGGUUUCAGAUUGUCUCGGUCUACGUUUCACCUGGCUCCACUCCGUCUACGAUAAUUUCCCCUCGCUGCUGAAUUUCGCUCUGAAGCUCCGGUGUGCCACAGGGCUCUGUCCUCGGGAUCUGGAGGAUUACGGCUGCUCCUGCAGAUAUGCGGCUGCUGGGAAUCCUGUAGACUCUCUGGAUACGUAUGUUGAGAAUUUAACUGCAGCAAGAAGCAGAUACUGAAAACCCGAAACAGUCUGAAUUUAUUUAUUUAUUAAUUUCAAGGCUUUUUUUUGCUAAAUCAAAGCUGGAAAAGAUUCUGUUUUAAUGCUUAAAACUCAUUUUUCUUCUUUGCUGCAGCUGCUGUGAGACUCACAGACUGUGUUACCAGAAUGCUGCCCCCUGCAGGCAGGAGCUACCUGUCCUUUCCUACAACCUGACCUGUUCAGCAGCAAAUACCAGCUGUGGUAAGACUCACAUGUUGACACAUCAGUUUUUUUGUUUCUUGGAGAUAAAAUCGGUCUCUUAUUGUAACAUAAAUAUGAUGCCAGACUGUCGAUUUAAAGGAUAAGACGUAAUAAGACUCUUAAUCUUGUAUUAAGGACUUUGAAGAAUUUGAAUAAAUUCAUGAACCUGCAACAAUAAAGUCUUCAUGCUUUAGUAAGCUUAAUUUUAGUCAAUUUAUAAAUACUUUCUUAUAAUUUUAUAGAUCUGUUGUCUUUCACGACUUUAUUUUUGUGAAAUUUAGAAUCAUAAUAUUCAAAAUUACAAUAAUUUUGUCCUUCAUUUGGCCCUAAUCUUCUGCUCUGGGAAAUUGUUGCACCUGAUACCCAUCUUAAAAAUACUGAUAAUUAUACAAACUGAAAACCAGCUUCAUGAAAACGAGUGCUUCUGCCCCCUGUGGACAAAAUAGUUAAUACACAUACACUUUAUUUACACCUUAAUAGGAUAUAAUGGUAGUUGCAUCUGUUUUCAGUCUGUAUUAAAGACACUUUGGCGUAAACUUUGAGAGAUGUUGAUUUGGAAUAAAUUCAUGAACCAGCAACAAAAAUAAGAAUUUAUGAAUACUUUCUCAUAAUAUUAUAGAUUUUCUUUUCUUUUACGACUUCAUUUUUGUGAAAUUUAGACUCAUAUUUUUUUAUAAUUACAAUAAUUUUCUCUCUUCUGUUAUGAGAAAUUGUUGCACCUGAUACUUAAAAAUACUGAUAAUAAUUCAAACGGAAAACCAGCUUCAUGAAAACAAAGUGUGCAUCUGCCCCCUGUGGACAAAAUAGGUAAUACACAAACACUUCAUUUAGACCUUAAUAAGACAUUGUGGUAAUUGCAUGUGUAAACAGCCUGAUGUGAUGCAGCAUAAAAAGGAGGGUGAAUCAGCUGUGGUCUUUUUUCUCCUGGAGAUGAUGGCCGUUGGUGUCAGCAGAGGUUUUGUGAAUGUGACCAGGCCGCCGUCGACUGCAUGACUCAGAGCUCGUACAACUCAACACUGAGAGGCCUCGCCGAGUCUUACUGCUGGGCGUCGAAUCAAACAGGUAACAUGGACAGAAGAAAUCUAAAUAAACCCGACAUCAGUCUGGGUCUGACCAGCUUUCUCCUGUUUCAGAUCUUCUCAGUGGAUUUAUCGACACCACAGAGGACCUCAGAGAGCCAGGUGAGUCUGAGUGACGUCAUCAGCUGAUCGAUUCCUGCCGAGUCAGGGGGCUUUUAGGACACGUCAGCUUUCUGCAGAUAGCGUGCCGGUCAGCGAUGUUGUAUCUGAGCGAGCGAUCGAUACGGUGGAAAGGCUGAGUCACACCUCUGUGGCUCUCAGCCAAUUAAAACAGUGACCUCCUGACGUUUACUCCUGCUGCUUUCUGCCUACACACGGUCAGGAUGAAAAACUGAAAGAGCGUGGAGUGUACCUCUGAUCCAGCUGGUCCAAAUAUAGACGCCCUGUCCCAGCUGAGCUGCUCUCAUUCUGAAUGAACGGGAGUUUAAGUUUAACACAUCAGAGUUCAAAAGUCAGAUUCAGAGGAAAAGAGAGUAACGCGUGUUGUUGGAGAAAGUUUCAGGAUGCAGGUGCAGACCUCGAUCCUGCUUCAGGUGAACAAUAUUCACAAAAUCCUGGUUUGUCUUUUCAAGAUUUUUCUGGUUCCAUCACCUCAAGUCAAGAUAAAGUUUAUUUUUACAGCACAUGUAGCCCUUUAAUGCCUGAAACCACAAAUUGGCCAGAAAAUUCAAUUUUUCUGGAGCUGAAAUGUUUAUUUUACUUACUACUGAAAACCCCCAAAAUUUAAAUGUCCUUAUGAUAUACAAACAAAUAUACAAACAUACAAAUAACAAAUAUAUUUAUUUAUCUUGUUUGAUAAUUGGAUGUUUUUGGAAACUGAUAAACUACAAAAGGUCAUUUUUAUCAUUUAUCCGACUGUAUUCAGGAGUUUUUUUUAGUAAUUUGUUGAUCAUAUUGAUUUGAUAGAAGUAUAUAAAAGUAUUUAUCAAAUAUGAUACAAAAGGCAAUAUUAAAACAACUUUCCUUAAAAGGCUGUAAAAGCUUAAACAGAUAAUAUGAAUAUAAGAAAAUAUGUGUUAUAAAGAGACUUUAUACACAACAAAAAUAAUUCUAUUAAGUACUGAACAAUAAUGUGAAACUUUUAUGCUGUUGAAAGUAAAAAAAAAAAAAUGUUGCUGCAAUUCUCUCAUUCAGCUCAACAACAUAAAUAUCGAAAUAUCAGGAUCAACAUCGUCGACAUAAAUUCAAACAAGAAGAAAGUUAUAUUGAAACUCGUGCAGCUCCAGUUGCCUGCCUGAACUAGCUCUCAGGCUUGACUUAAUUCAUCUAUAGUACCAUAAAAUAUCACAGUAUAGUAUGAUAAGAUAUAUCAUAAAAUGUCAAAGUAUAGUAUGAGGAAGAUAUCAUAGUGUAGUAUGUCAAAAAUAUCAGUAUAUUAUGAUAAAACUGUCAUCGUAUAGUACAAUAAAAGUUACACAUUUUAGUAUGAUAAAAUGUUAUAGCUUAGCAUGUUGGAAAAAUAUCAUAGUAUGACAGUAUAAAAAAAAUCAUAGUUAAGUGUGAUAAAAAUAUCAUAGUAUAAUAUGUUAAAAUAUCAUAGUAUAAUAUGUUAAAAUAUCAUAGUAUAAUAUGUUAAAAUAUCAUAGUACAGUAUGACAAAAAUUUCAGCUUUCAGGCUUGACUUCAUUCAUUCCAGCUCAGGUUUUCCAAAGACAUCUACUUCAGUUUCUUCUCAUGAAUAAAAUUGUAGGUAGAGUUAAACUUCUUGAAUAGAUUUGAAAAGUUCGACUCCAUCCAUGAUGAAACAUCUUCGGUGCAGCUGAGCAGGACUUUUCCUGGAGUCUUUAUUUGUUUUUAUUUAGCCGAUAAAUUUGCAAAUUAUCUGAAAAACACUGGAAAGAAUGCAAACAGGAAAGGACCUAAAAUGGAGCCUUGAGGAACUCCACAAGCCGCAGAGCCUGUGUCGAAUUGGCAAAAAUGGAUGCAGAAGUUUCUGUCAGACUGAAACUUUUUAAGGACGACCUCUGAUGUCGGAGAUAUUAACCUGUCGGCAGUCAGGUCUGACAGCAGAGUCUCCUGAGUCUGAAAAGAGAUCAUUAAAAACUGUCUCUGGAUUAGAUUCAGGACAACAGGGAGAGUUUGUUUAAUUUGUAAAAUCAUAAUUAUUACUUCUGUGUACACUCAAGUCAAAACAGCCACAGGCUCUGCGUCGCUCUGUUUUUUUUAUUUGGAGUAUAUUUAGAAACUGCGCUCCUCCUGCUCAGCGUCUGCCGGUCUAAUCCUCGUCUUUCUCCUCUCCAGAUGUCCUCUCAGCAGGAAACACCUCCAUGAGCCAGCAGCUCCUCAACUCGUCCCUCCUGUCUGCAGGUAAAAGCCCCAUUUGUGCUCGAGUUCACUCUGCGAAGCUCUCACUUCACACUCAUCACAUCAGCGCGUCUCCGGAGGAGGCCAAUUUCAAUUUUACCGUGAGAGAGUUAUGAUGUAAGAGUCCUUCAAAAAACUCCUCCUUCUCUGUGAAGGAGAUCUGCGGGAAUAACAGACAAAAAAAAGGGGGAAGUUUGCUUAUAAAACAGCCGUGAAGACGGUUAUGUAACCUAUUGUUGUUUUGACAGCAGCGCAUUCACAUUAAUUCUCAAAGCUGCCGUUACUCAGAGCCCAGACUCUCAGUAUCACCUCUUCAAAUAACCUUUCCUCCUCUAUCUGCUGCUGUGUGGCAUGACAAAAACGUUCUUUUCAGCUUCUUUUCACUCUUUUUCUGAACUUUGUUUUCAUAAUUUAAAUAUUAAAACAAACAAUAACGAAGAUAAAGAAAGUUUGAGGCCCUGACAUGGAGGAUUUGGCUCCUAGAAGUUUGGAUCAAGUCUUUCAUUCUUACGACAAAAGUACAAGAGUCAUGUUAGAGCCCGAUAUGUAAUAAUGACCCCAAAUGUUAUAAAAAAUGUCAUAAAACCCAGAAUGUAACAAUUUGUCAAUAAUAAAACAAAGGUGCUGAACCUGAAACGUAACAUAAACAAUGUAAUAAAACCGAGAUGUAACAUUAUCGACCAGUUAUUUCAUUUCUUUUAUUACAUUUCGGAUCAUUGUUACAUAUCAGCCUCCAAUAAGCCAAAACACAAAGUAUUGAAAAAGUCAAAAUUAUGAUAAAAUUUGAAUUUAAGGAGGUGAAAAUCUUAAUUUCAGGCAUCUGUAUGUCUUUAUGCUUUUAUGUCUUUCCCCUUCAAAAUAAAACACAGGCUUUAACGACUUUUUUAAGUUGUGAUUUGAAUCUUGUUACAUGAGGACUUUUUUUUCUCAUAAAAUCAGUCUUAGUCUCGUAAUAUUACAGUAUUUCCUUGUAAAUUAGUUACUUCUUAUUUGAAAACUUCAGUCUUGUAAAAUUACAAACUUUUUUCUAUCCAUGAAGUGUACGUUUUAUUCCUCUAAAAUCACUUUUAUUCAUGAAAUUAAUGAAUUCUUAAAAAUAUUAUCCUUUUGAGACUUUUUUUCUCACAUUACAACUUUGUCCGUAUAAUUAUUAUUUAUAAUUAUAAUGCUGUUAUUCCAGUUGUAGUAUGAUUUAACUUCUGUAACAUCGCAACUUUUUUUAUCAACAUCUCAAUUCUUAUAAACGUGAUUUUACAGAAAGAAUAAAAUAAAAUCAGAACUUAAAUCCAGUAAAAAAAACUAAAUUGUUUAAAUUUUGAAUCUUUUUUCUCUCUUUGAAUUAUUUCUUGUAAAAUAACUUUAUUUUGAUAAUAUUCAGUCUGUAAUCCAUAAAAUUACAACGUAAUUCUUGGAAUGUCAGAACUUUAUUUUCAUUGAUUAAAACCUUUUAUUUUGUUGUAUUCAGACUUUUUGCUCUUGUAACUGUCGUGAUAUUUCACUUCUUAAUUUUCAUAAAAUUGUAAGAUUUUUCUAACCAAAUUUUAACUUAUUUCUUCAAACUAUUCUCCUUUACUUACAAAUUUUUUAACAUUUACAUUUUUUCCAAUCCAAUUAUAUUUUGACUUUUUGUUACUUUUUAUUUCUUGUAAUUCUAUGGCUGAAUCAGCAGAAUAUAAUGACUGAUAUUUCCAUUUUUUUUCCCCUUAUGAUUUUAUUCUUGGAAUACCAAAACUUGGGACAAUUUCAUUCUUAUAAUCUCUACAUGUUCUCCAGUUUACAACUCCAUCCUUUACUUAAAUAACUAUUUUUGAACCUUUAUACUAUUAAAGUCAUGUGAGAAAUUUAAUGGAUUUAUAUGGCAGGAUUAUAUUUUCCAUUUGUAGCUGAAAUCUUUCAGUUUUAUAUCAUUAUUAACACAUUUAUUAAAAAUCGCACCAUAUGUGGCUGAAGUAUAAAAAGAAUCAGAACUUCCUCCACUUCAUCGGUGACUCAUACAGUUCAGGGAUGAGCGUGACUCGCUGACGACCGUCACUGUGUCUGUCCAGCAGAGACCGACCCGUUAAUGACCAGCAGGGCGGAUAACCGGAGUGACACACCAUGGACGGAUGGCGACCUCGUCACCUCGCCGCCGGGCCCGCCCCCCCUGCUGACGCCUGAUGGUACGCUCUCUAAUUGGGCUGCAGGUCACAGGUUUAACACGGGGACGAGUAGAGGGCGAAGCCCGGGUGAUCCAAAGACAGAUGGGUUUCCUGUUCACGGACACGGAUCACCUCGACUUUCUUUUUCUGCAGUUAUUGAUUAUUAUAAAAGUGGCGAGAACUUUUGAUGAGAAUCAAACUUAUUGAUAUCAGAGCCUGACGGUGAACGUUAAAGAAUAUGAACGUGUGUGUUACCGCACUGAUGAUAUUCAACAGUAAAGAGCUCUCGACAGGUCAACGGGGGGCAGCACCUCGCAUUAACCCUGUCCUCUUCUCCGCUCUGAGCAUUCAUCAGUUUUUAAACAGACGCCAUAAUUUCAUGUGCAGCAAUUCCUGGUUCUCAUGGUCAUGGUUCCCAGAGGAUACAUCAUACUAAUCCUCACGAUCCACUUAUGUUAACUUUUCGGAUCAUAUUCAAACAUCUGAUCAACUGUUGUACGCUUUACCGGCUCAUUUGGUUCCCAGCCGUUCAUGGUUCCCUGAGGAUCUAACCUAUUUGCAAACUUUAACUUAAAUCGAAGUGCCAGAUAAAGAUAAUAAGACUGUUAAAUACACAACACAUCACAUUCGCUUUAGCUACUCAUAUUCCCCAGAGGAUAAACUCGAGUUGAGUUUAAGUAGAUUAGAUAUUUGGUGCAGCCAUUCAGAGUUUCCAGAGGUUAAACUCGACAAUAUCGGUAUUAAUGUCUGCUACCAGCAUCAAGUCUCAAAGAUCAAUCUUAGUACAACUACUGGAUAACUUUGCAUCAGUUUGGUUCAGCUAUUCAUGCUCCCCAGUGGGUAAAUCAUACAAACAAAACCGGCUCUUCUGGAGAGCCAUUUGAGGUCCCCUGAGGAUGAAUCCCACUGACUUUGAUGAUCGAUUACUUUAUUAAGAUAUCCAUGAAAUUUGAUCCAGCUUGUCAUGGUUUCCAGAGGAUAAACUGUGCCUGAGUUUUCUGAAAUAUCUGAACUAUUCGACAGACAUUUGUGGUCUCCAGAGGAUAAAACUUCUACAUUUGACCUGAUAAACUUACUUUUUCUUUGGGACCAUUAUGUGGUUUUUAUUGCCAGUUAUAGUAGGAUAUCUGAUUCGCUAGUAGGGACCCACCUACCACUCAUUCCUGGCCCUCAGAGGAUGAACUCUGAUGGUAUAAAAUCUGAUACAGCCGUUUAAGAGCCACAGAGAAUAAAUCCUCCUAACUCUGGUGGACUUUUUAUUUUCCCUCUGGUGUCACCGUGGGUUAAUUUCUUUGGGAGUUACUGACUAUGAGCCGUGGGUUACCUGUGGUUUUUCUUCUCAGAGGAGUUUGAGGAAGGUGAAGGUGGCGCGGGGGAGGUAGAAGAGGAAGAGAAGACACACUCGAGUUUCAUCUCCAAAGGUAAAACAGUUGCAUUACUCACCCUCUCGUUUCCAUCUGUACGCACUUACUGAGAUCCCCCCUGAAGUCUUCCUCUGCCAAACUUGUGUUUUUCCAAGCUGCUCAUAAUUACAUUUGGCUCAAGCUGACCACUCCGCGGCUUCCAAAAACACCAGAAAUAAUUUCCCCGCUGUUUGUCUCCUGCUGCUCUAUGACUCACUUGGCUCAGACGUUUCCUGAGGCUGUUUUUAUUUGUCGCUGCUUUUUACAGAUUUGAAUGAGGCUGUGACAGAAGAGGGACUCGAGCUGGAAGAGAUAAAUAAGACUCAAACGGCCCACAGUCCUCCUACAGUCGGCCCCGGUGAGGCGAUAAACCCGCCCGUCUCCGUCACCAGGAUGUACUUUUGUCGUAAAUAUAAAUAGAUCGAUUAGAUUCGAUUUGAACGUUUCUGUCGCAGGUUCAGAUUGGUUCGUCAAUGACAGAGAAACAUCGAGCGAAGCAGGAAACGAUCCGACCUUCAACGAAUCUUCAACGUCAGCGACCUCCGGUGCAGACGUCACAGCAUCCAGUUGGACUACAACUCCUUUGAGGACUACAAAUCCCACAGAACCGGCGCCAACCGGCUGGGAGGAGUCAUCGGAGGAAGGUGAUUCAGUAAACGCGAACAGGAAAUAAAAACGAUUUCUAAAGCUGCUAAAAGUGUUUUUUUUUAUGUCGUUUCUGUGGGUUCAGUUUCUGUUUCAACUACAUCGACAACAACGACGCUGAAACCACGAAUUAGUUCAUCCGAGAGAAAGGAUGAUGGAUUCACCGCUAAGGCCCUGGGGUCUUCUGAAGAGGAAGAUGAGAAUGAAGACGAGGAGGAAGAGGAGCAGAGAGCGUCAGAAGAAGAUGGUGAGAAGCUUUCGUGGCGUGUCAAGUUUGAGCUAAUGGUUUUUGAGAUGCUAGGCGACCUAACCUUCUUUUAUCUGUCUUUCCUUAGAUGUAGAUACUUUCACGACCUUGUUUACAACUACAACCGCCAAAAUAUCGACGAUGCAGACUACAACGACAACGACGCUAACGCAGACUAUGACCAAGGACGAGUCUGACGAGGUGACAGGAAGUCCAACGACAUCCUCAGAGACGACAACAUCUCCGACAGGUCAGUGUGAAACGCUGAACAAGAUGAGAAAUAAAUGUCGAUUUUUAAGCAUCAGGUGGUGCUCCGAUCUUCAUCAGGUACAAUCAUCGACGAAUAACAGGAGAUGAACUCAAAGACAGGCUCUUUCUCUGUUCUUGUUCCUGAUCUUCCUCAUUUUCUUCCUCUACCUCUCAGAUCGGCUCCUCCCAUCUUUGGCGUCAACUUGAUAAUAUCAUUACUAACUCGCUUUGACUUGUUUUAUUAAAGUCAUGGUUCACGAUCUGAGAAGCAGUUGAAAAAAACUGACCCGUUGAGGCAGAUUUGGGUGGAGCAGGAGAUUGACCAAUAGGAGCUGUCCGGGACGGAUGGCUCCCAUUGGUCAAUGUUUUUGCAGCCCUGCAGCUGAUAGGGUGAACAGAUUUUUUCUGUUCUUUUUUCUCUUCACUUUGUGGAGAUUGCACUAUAGGACCAUGAUCGCCAUAGAAACGAGGUUCAUAAUAGUUACCAUCUCUCCAAUCGUCAAUCAUGACUUAGAGCUAGGACGCCCGUAAACAUGUGACGUCAGACAUGACGAAGUGAGUCCUAUUGGGCCUCAAGUGGACACUAGAGGAACUGCAGUUCAGAGCACUUUCACAUUAUCUUUAAUUGCCUACUCUGAAAGCUUAUUUUGGCUAAAGUUACUAGUUCCUCACUUCCACAUCUGUUCAUCAAUAAGAUCCAAAAAUAUACUGACUGGGUUUAAAAAUAUCAAAACUCUGCCAAAACAAAGACGCAGGAGCAGCAAACUGAUGUGAUUUAGCGUCACGUCUCCGCUGUCAGAUUAAAAAAAACAUGUUACAGCUUAAGUGCUUCUACACACCGAGGCUUUGACAGGAGUCUGACACCUGAGGGGAGGCGGGAGCUCACUCCAUACAUAAAUUACUGUGAAGCCUACAUUUCCAACUCCGAGAAAAAAGAUCAAAACUGAGAGCUGUUUUCUUUAAUACCUGGUUUGUUAAAGUUGGAUGUAUGAAUGUCUGAAGGUCUCUGAUCUCUGCAGGUGGAGGAGGGGUCACCUUUACUUUAACUUCAGAGGGGGGCGGACAGGACAGCAAAGAGGAAAACACAAGUUUUCACAGACCAGCUGAGGGUCAGCUCCAAAGAAACUUUUUCCUCUGUUUUUCAAUAAAUUUAAUUUAAAGGAAUAGCCCGGUGUUUUUUUUUUUUUAAGUGAAAGGGACUUGGAGAGUGUAGAACCCUCCUGGAGAUGUCUGAUAAUUUAUCAUCAAAACUGGCUCUUAUUCAAUUUUUUUUUUAAAUGCUGUGUUUAUUAUGGAAGACGAAAAAGCUAUGGAUUUUUCUUUUUUUUAUGCACUAUUAAUUCCUGAUUGUUCUCUCGUUAUCUCAGGAUAAAUUUCAUGUUCUAAUAACAACAAAUUAGUAUUUUUUCGUUAUCUCAACAUGACAACGUAUCAUAACGUAUCAUAUAACCAACCUAAGACUUUAACUUUUGUAAACACUGUCCAGAUUGGGGUAUUUCUGAAACAGGUUUUUGAUGAAAACGCCGACAUUUCGCUAAACUUUACAAAUUACACUUUUGACUUGGGAACAUUUAACAGCCAUGCGUGAAUUGGACAACAACAGUAACAAUGGCGGACACAUUACAAAUUCAUUAUCAUGAGAAAACGAUCUUUGUUAUGUGGAGAUAAUAAGUCGCUAUCACAAGAUAACAGUGCGUAAAAAAAGAAUAACCCAUGGUUGUUCUUGUCUUCCGCUUUAUAUGUUGAUAGAAACAGAUUUUGCUGGUUUUCAAAUCUUUCAAAGACAUUUUAAAACGGUUUGGACUGAGACAAUAAAACUGACUUUUUUUGGAAAUCAUGGACACUGCAUCCACUCCAAAGAAAGGAGGGCACAGUUGGCUUGGUACUAGCACACAGUUAAAGUCCCACAUGACUGAUUUGUCUGCUGGAGCUUUUUCUAAAUUCCAACAAAACAACAAAAAACACUUUUGGCCUCUCAAGUCUAUGAAGAGUGUUAUAAACAAACAGAGAUGUUUUUUUUUUAGAAUAUGAUUGAGGAAGUGCUGCUUUCUACCUUCACAGGUCCUGAAGCUACUACCAGGGCAGUUGAGAGAUCAUCAGCAGAGAGACCCCCUGCUGUCUCACCCACAGAUCCUGACACUUCACAGGAGGAGGAUUUCAAGCCGCAGACACCUGCCGCUGCUCCUCUCAGCCUCCUGAACAAAGGUGAGGCAGCUCCAGGGCACAGCAGCUCCUCACUCUGAAAAAUCUGGAGAAAUGAAUCAGCAUAACGUCGACACAGAGGGAGAGUGGAAUUAAUUUGACGUUUGCACCCUCUUGGAAAUUUGCAUUUGUUGCAGAAAGUGUCAGAAUCACUUUCGCUUGCAUUCGGCGUUUACACGAGGGAGAGUGAGUGCACACGGUUGUGAGGGAUCUCUGCUCUUAUUUGUCUCUGACAUUCCUGGAUCGAUGUUUGAGCAGUGCAGGUGAAUAAAAAUGAGUUUGUGUUUUAUAGAUUCAAAAUCUCACGAUGUAUGAGGCAAGGCAGAUUUAUUUGUGCACUUGGGGAUGUUGAAUGGGCUCUAUUGAGUAAAAGUUAGGAUGAGUCUGCUAUUCCUUACUAACAGACCGCUGCUAGGGGAGAGCAGACCACUGCAAUGAAGAGCAGACCAUUGCUAAGGAGAACAGACUGUUACUAGGGAGAACAGACCAUUGCUAGGGAGAACAGACUAUUGCUAGGGAGAGCAGACCGCUGCUUGGGAGAACAGACCAUUGCUAGGGAGAGCAUACCGCUGCUAAGGAGAGCAGACCGAUUCAAUGAAGAACAGACCACUGCUAAGAAGAAAAGACUGUUGCUAAGGACAGCAGACCGUUACUAAGGAGAACAGACUGUUGCGAGGGAGAGCGGACUGUUGCUAAGAGGAACAAACUGUUGCUAAGGAGAACAGACUGUUGAUAGGGAGAACAGACCGUUGCUAGAGAGAACAGACUGUUGCUAGGGAGGGAUAGCAGACUGUUGCUGGGGCGGGAUAGCAGAUCAUUGCAUUGGAGAAUAGACCGUUGCUAAGGGCAACAGACUGUUGGUAGGAAGAACAGACUGUUGCUAGGGAGAACAGACUGUUGCUAGGGAAAGCAGACCGUUGCUAGUGAGAACAGACUGUUGCUAGGGAUAGCAGACCGUUGCUAAGGAGAACAGACUGUUGCUAGGAAGAACAGACUGUUGCUAGUGAGAACAGACUGUUGCUAGGGAUAGCAAUCGAUGCAAUAGAGAAUAGAUGUUGCUAGGGAGAACAGACUGUUGCUAGGGAUGCAGCUGCACUUGGAGGACUAACCGGAAUCAUAUCACGCUAAAUGUUUAAAUGUGUCUAAAAGGGUCUAACCAACUCUCAGAGGGCCGUUAGAGCUAGCUUACGAGUGUCUUUUUUUCUUCUAUCGUCAGGAUGAGCCCGACUGUAGAGUUAGCUUUAGACGUCCUAAAAUCAUGAGCGUGAUAAGGAUGCUCUCUGUGGCUCUGCUGUUGGUGCACAGAUUGCGGAACAGAAAGUCUCUUUUUUAGAGAUAUUUGGGGUCCAGUGGCCCCUCAGACUGCUCAGUCUGCAAUGUAAAAGUCCAGUUUUUGGGUUCAUGAUCUUGGUUUAAAAGAAAGGGUCUUGACUCUCCAGUAAACAGGAUUCAGUAUUUUACAUCUAAAUAUCAUUUCUCAUAUCCUCCAGGUAAACCCACAACCUCUCCAACACCUCCAGUGAAAAGCGUCUCCCAGUCCACACCGGCAAGACGAGUUACAGCUUUAAAACCCAGAUCUGAGGUCGACACACCCAGGAGAACUACACCAGAACCUGCACACACGACCCCCGAGGCCGAGUCUGAGGAGCAGCAGGAGGAGGAGACAGACCCGGAGGAGAAACCUCCAUGUGAAGACGGACAGCAGAUGGACAGCUCACAGGAGCGAGACACAGGUGAGAAGAGUUCUACCUCUUCGAAUUCAUGAAUGAAAUCAGAGGUACCAUGAUCAGGUUUCUCCCUGGAGUUUGGUAAAGUUCACUUUUUAAACCUUUAAAAGUUACAUCUGCUUUAUCAGCUAACUUAAGUUCUCUGUGUUGGCAGAUCUGGAUUUGGCUCGGAAGAGGACCGUGCCGUUCUUCGCCUGGUCCCUGCUGGAGUCUGUGGGGCUGACCGACAUACAAAUACAGUUAGACAGCAAAGGUAAAACAGCUGAACCACUUUUUAACAACCAUAUAAAGACAUAGGAAACUUUUUGAAAUGUAAUAACAGAUCGAGGUCCCUAAAAAGAUCAGGGUCUGGGGACUGAAAACCACCUGCUAUCAUCAGAAUGUCGAAUUUAAACUUAGUUCUGCAGACCAGGACAAGAUAAAGUCCUAGUUCUUGUUUUUUAGCACAGAUAAGCUCAGUUUGUUAUUGUACAGAAAAGAUCAUUUUGAACCUGAAAAAGCUGCUGCAUCACUCUCUUCACAGCCACCAAACCUCAUUUAAAAAAACAGUAAUUUACCGUAAUUUUAGUGGGAGCGCUCCUGUAGUUUUCGUUUCUUCUUCAAACAGAGUGCAGUCGCUCGUUCACCCUGUACGGCAGCGACGGCCGAGCCAAGCGGGAGAUGCCUGCUCUGGGGGAGAUGCUGCACUGCCUGACGGGACGGUGUCCGCACGAGUACGAGAUGUACGGCUGCUACUGCGGACAGGAGGGCGGGGGUCAACCUCAGGACCACCUGGACAGGUCAGCGUCAGAUUUAUUACGUGUUCAUUUACCGUCUUUACUGCAGACAUGCAAACAAGAAGAGGCUGAUAAAAACUGAACCUGGUUUCUCCAUGUUGUCCCUGUUCCUCUUCCUCAGGUGUUGCUUCUUUCAUCACUGCUGCCUGAAGCAGAUCGGCUCCAUGGGCUGCAGGUCCGAGAGGAAGCUCAAAGCUCAGAUCACCUGUGAGAACGGGAAACCUCGAUGUGAGUCCACUCAGAGACUUCCUGUAAAUCCCCCGAGAGGACUUCUUGACCUUUAACCUCGUCUGAACCCUUCCCGUCUCCUCCUCAGGUCAGGGCCUCUCCGUGUGUGACAAGCUGCAGUGCGUGUGUGACAAAGCCACAGCGGAGUGUAUGGCAGCGGCUCACUUUAACCACAGCCUGCCGCCGCCGCAGUGCCGCGGGCCCCAGCCGCCGUGCCGCCGGGCCAGCAGACCCCCUAAACCGCGGCUUACCCCUCAGUCAAGCGAGGAGAGCGAGGAGCCGCAGGACGCAGAGUCGCCUAACGGAGAGAAGGAAACAGACGCACAAACUCCAGAACCAACGCAGAACAGGUGAGGGGAAGGGGUCGCAUUUUCAGGUGUCUGAAUAAACAAAAAAAAACACGUGCAGGAAAUGUUGCAAAUGAUCGAAAUGGUUAAAAUGGUCAUGAUUCUUUAUCCGCCACGAAAUUCGCCUCACAAACAGAUCCAGUAGGAAUUGGCGAGCGGUGAAAAUCAUAGCCGUUCUGAAUGUGGUAAAAAUUGGAGGUUAGGCUGCAUUAAGAAAUAACUUUUUGAAAUGUCAUUUUUUUGUGCAGUUUUUGUUUCUCAGUCCAUAAAAUGUUAAAAAAAGUCUGUCUGUGUUCAGCGCUGAGAGCCCCGACCUGAAGGAUGAAGCGAAGUCGAGUUCUUCUGCUGGAUCGCCAACACGUCCUCCUCCUCUUCCUCUUCCUCCUCUUUCCAGCGAGGAGAGCGGAGAGACUCCGACACACGGCGGGAUUCAAACCGACAACCACAGACCGAGCGCAGGGCAGAACCAAGGGCUCAAACCAGCAGGGAGACCAGGAGGAAGACCAGGAGGAGGAGGCAAAGGAGUGAAAGGUGAAGAAGAGGAGGAGGAGAAGGAGGAGGAAGAGGAGGAGGAAGAGGGGGGAGGGGAGGAAGAGGAGGGGGGAGGGGAAGAGGAAGGAAAUGAGGAAGAAGAAGAAGAAGGAGGAGAAGAAGAAGAAGAAGAGGGGAACUAG